CACCUGCAUUGCUGAGCAUCAGUGCUGACGUCCGGCGAUUUAAAUUAUUCCAACAAGGAUCAAACGCACUCAGAAGAGCAGAAACAGCUGAACAGCAAACAUUCAGCAUUUAAGACUCACAGCAUCAAGAAUGAAGCAAGCAUUUAUCCUAUUGGUCUCCAUAGCCAUGGUUUUUGUGGCACCAGGUGCCCAAGGAUCAGCUCACCUGUCAUUUUCAAACAUAACAGCGAACGUCACUCGGACAGGUUGUGGAACCACGAGACUGUGUGUGGAGACACCAGAGGAUUGUGACCCUGCAACAGAUGACCCUUGCCUGUUUACAUCUGUGAGGGCUCCAAAUGGCACCACUCUGUAUUUCAAACUGAGUGGAACAAUCAGUGGAGAUAGCUACGUUGCAGUGGCACGCACUGCAAAUGCAUCUGAGGGUACCAGUAUGCUGUAUGCCUGUGGGAGAAACGGCACAACUAAUGGGGUCAAUGGGAGAUUCUUCUUCCAGGUAGUGCAGAGAAACAACACCGACGGAACGCUCACUGUCAUCAGCAGGAGUGUGACAGGAAUACAAUCCCUGAUAACAAAUACAAAGAUCCAGUGUGUGUUUCACGUACCCGGAGUGGACGCCUCCAUGGUGAGGAACACAGUCCUCCUACUUGGGUCUGGAAUGGUAAAUGGAAGUACUCUCGGGUUCUUCACCGCCAAUGUGACCACCCCUCCUCUGAACCUUUCCAACCCAGCGAGCAACAUUAACAACCCCACCACCAUGUCAGGGGCAAACAGAGCCCUUUUCCCUCAGGCUUUGCCGCUGCUGCUGAGCAUCUUCAUCCUGUACAUCCUGAAGGCAGCCUGAGAGAGUCCAGAGACGAAGCUGAGACCCAAUGAAGACACAAUGAUGACACGUUUGAGUGUCAAAGUGUUUAAAAAGUGGUUUUGCAAAACUUAAAAUUAUUUAAGGAUCUUUUUGCACCAUGUUUAUACCUGAUAACUACUUUGAGCUGAAGAAUCUAAUGACGUUCAUUUUGAAACCACCUUUUCUUUUUUUUGUGAUCAAAUGUUUUCACAUUUUCUGUUGUCUCUCCAGUUUUUAAACACAUUCCCUCUGACACCACAGCAGUGUCUGCAAAUAGAAAUUUCCAGAUUUGGGUGUAACGAAUUUGAGCCGACAUCGACAGUAAACCACAACAGCCAAUGUUAGUUAAGAGACACACAACCCAGCUCAGGAUUGUUACCUUGUUUUGAUGUGCAUGGAAUGUGACUGUAAACUAUCUGUUGAGCAGAUGACAGUGCACUUAAACUAAAAAACCAAUAAAACUUAUAAAUAA